UCGAAGGAGCCCUGGCAGAUUCCUUAUCGAAAUUAUCGAUUAAUGUCAACAAAUAAUCGUCGCUGAGACAGUUGCCGAACACCUUAUGUGUUUUUACCUCUGUCCCUGAUAGCUGGAACUGAGAUGACUCUUGCCUCAACAUCAGCAGAAACCACCGUUACCAUGGCAACAUCCAGUAGUACUGACGACGCUGGCGAGGAGCGUCGUAUCAACUCCUACCUGUUUGACGACCCCAGGAAGAAGUCCCGCAACUACCUAGAUACUCACAAGAACAUUGAGAAGAAACGCAGAGAUCGUAUCAACACUAGUCUUACAGCGCUGAAGUCCAUAAUUCCAGAGUGUAAGUCCUAUGGCAAGAAAAAAUUGGACAAGGCAGAAAUCCUAGAAAUGACAUUGUCGUAUCUAGACAAAGUUCACAGUAGUGGCUUUACCUUAAGACUAGGAGGAACAGCAAACUCCAGGGAACUGGGCAAAGCAACUCAUGCAAUGGGUGCACCAGGAGAAAAAGAAUUUCCACACUGUGGAUGAGUUUGUCAAUGCAUUACUGACACAUUUGCAGACUUGUGUCGUCAGCGGUAGUUUUGCUCCUGUGGAUCUCAAGGGUAUGCUGCAAGGUACGUCCGCGCCAGACACUCAUGUGUCACAAACUGUCGUUACCUGUCAAGCUCAGCCAGCUGUCACCAGUAACACAGCUGCUGUAUCAAGCACGUCUAGCCAAACUCUCGUCACCGCCAUGUCUUCAGUGUCCCAGUCUCCAGCCAACACAGUGACCAGUGCUACCUCAGGAAGCUAUCAGAAUGGACUGAUGAGGGCACGCCCCCCUCCCCCACCCAACGUCACCCCUGCGAUUUUUCUCCAGGCAACCAGUUUCCAGGCUCGUCUGCGGGCUCAAGCGGCUUCGCACAUCUCUUCGGCACCAACCAUGCAGCAACAGGUGUUUCCCUCGGCUGCCAUUAUUCUACAGCCUCAGCAACAACAACAACAACAACACCAGGCGAUGCCCUCCCAACAGGUCAUAAAUGUGACACAACCCAUUGACCUCACCCAGCAGUGCAACUCAAAACAAAGAGAUGUCCUUGACCUCCGGAUGACCUCCCAAGGUCGUGAGCAACUGGUGGCAUCCAAUCAGUGCAUCCAAAGACUUCAGCAGCUCAUUGACCAGCACAGCAUGCAAGAACAGAGCCUGAUGCAGGUGCAGCCUCAGAAUGUGCAGAUGCCAAAUGCAGUGCCAUAUGUGGAGUCGACAGCAAGCCACCCUCCAGCAUACACACAGAACAUGGCAGGAAAUUUACAAGGGAAUGACCUUUCGUUCAUUAACAGUGCUUCACAGGCCUACAUUCUUGCCGAGCUCCCAGCGGGAGUGCUGCUGCAGGAUAGAAUGCUGGGCUCAGUAGGAGAGAUGCUGUCUGAUGGAACAGCCAUGGAUACUGUCCCAACUGUUCCCCCAAAUGACAGUGACACCAGCUACCACAACCCAGAACAGCUCCAAGUGCCAGGCAUUGGGGAGUCACCAGUCACAGAGUUUGUGGACCCCAGUGCUCUCCAUGUGUCCACUGUUGUAGAUGACUCAGCUCUGAUGGGGACCCCUGACCUUCCAUCCUGGAGUAACAGCCCAAUCAGUGCCUUGGAACAGGCUCCGACGUGACCAAAGGUUGGACCUCUGGGUUCCAAAGUCUCCACCGUGCACUGCACAAUCAUCGCUACAGUGGAUAAAGUUUAGUGCAAUUCUACCAUAUAUGUUCAGUCUCUGAUGCUGUACUGUACAUAAGUUUCCUUUUAAAAUGGAAGCAAAAUUGCUUCCAUAGACACAGCAGAGAUGGUUAAAUUUGUUGACAUACACAGAGAUCAUGUGCAACCUGUACUGAAAAGUAUAUGUAAGAGAAACCUCUCCAAAGUGCAAACAUUUUUUGAUAUGAUAGCAUAUACAAAAGUUAAAGCCACUUAAGUGUUUUUCCAUCUUGAAUUCUAACCACUCUGAUAAUUCAGUUAUGACAUACAAAAGUUAGCUGUUUUUUUUCUGGUCAGACAAACUUUCCUAGCACAGCUAGCAAACUUAUGCGACACGUGACUCAUACUGAGUCAAUACAAUGUAGUUGUGUUUUUUUUUCUUCAUAAAAUAUGUAACCGUGGACAUUAAAAUCGAACCCUGGCAAAACUGUGCCAACUUGUAAGACGGAUUCUAAGCCACUCAAAACAAAGAUUCACCAAAGUCAAAUGAAUGAGGAAUGCCUAAUUUUGUGAUGGAUUGCAGAUGAUAUAUGGCCAAAGCCACAUGCUUACAAAGAUGCAAGGAUGCCUCAUAUUUCAGAUUUAGUUCCAUAGAUGUAUUGAUGGGCAAAAGCUAGUUAAUAUACAAUGUAUGCAACACUUGACUGUGAUGUUGCUUACAGACAUUGUUAAAGGUCACAACUAAUUUAUUACAAAUAUGCACUUGUUGCAUUCAUGAUAAGGUAUCAUGUGACAGGUGCCCACCAAUAGUAGUGCAGUUUAACCUGGUCUAUGCAGACAGGUGGUCACAAUAGACAAAAUUCUUGAUGCUUGUUUCAUUGGGGAAAAUUACUUCAUGGCUUUCUCACAUUCAUUGUAAGUCAUCAUAUGAUUUUGAAGCCAAGAAUUUUCAUAUAAGUUGUGACAGAAACAACCACAAAGACAACCUUUUCUGUUAACAGGACUCCCAAAUUUUACAGAACGCAUACUCGACUAUCCCCAAACUGCCCUUAGUUUGUAAUCAUCUGACAAUCAUACAACAUCAUACAACAUGAAGACAUCACACUGGUCAGAUAGUCCUUGUGUAGAAGUGGUCACUUUUACAGGUUAGACCAUACAUUCAGUUCUAGAAAUCCUCCUGUAACCGUCUGGGACCAGAUUGGUACCACAUGACAGCUCAGUGAUUUCAGCAUAUCAAGUCAUACCAACCAUAAAUGUUAUAUGUU